AUGGCUCCUAGUGGACCCAAUCAAAAGAAGAAGCGUGGUCGUCCUCCGGCAGCAGCGAGAGCCGCGGCAGCGUCCCAACAACAACCGAAGACGAAGCAGUCUGAGAAGGCCGACGCCAGCAUGUCGUCAUCGCCUGAGCUGCGACAACAGCGAAGACAAGAAACACGACAACAGCAGCAGCAAGAACCCAGUUCUCCUGUCCAGGAAGAAACGGGAAGACGAACGCGAGCACAGAAACGAGGGUCGGAUGAUUCCCCGGCGCAAGCGCAGAAGCAGGGUGCUGGUACGAAGAAGACCGCACGAGCGACCCAGGAGGUUGAGGAGCCAUCACAUAGUGUACCGAAGAAGAGAGGGCAUCCCCCGAAGCAGAGUGAUGAACAAGAGGGGGAAUCUAGGACAGAAGACAGGCCGAGUAAGAGAGUGAGGGGUGAGCAGGGGGAGAAGGAUGGGGGAAGGGAAAAGAAGGGGUCUGCGAGGGACACUAAGGCUGCGACCAAGCAGGCGCAAGGAGCUACUGCUGCCGAGGAAGAGGGGCAGCCUGCUAGGGGGGGGAGAAGGAAGGCCCAAACGCAGGAGAGCCCUGCGCAAGUGCCCAAGGACAGAGACGCUGAGGGAGAGAAGCAGAUUUCCAGGCGAUCAAGGGGGAGGAAGAAGGAGGCUGAAAAGCCAGCUGAGCAGCCCAGUCUCGCGGAGAGUGUUCCUCGGCGAGGAAGGAGACAGGCUCAGCCUGCGCAAGAGGAGCCGGAAACCGAGGAAGAAGCAGCGCCUCGAAGGCGACGACGCGGUCGGCAAUCCUUGGCAGAGGUUCCUGUCUCAAAGGUACAAAACCAGGCACCAUCUCCUGCGCACGAAGAGGAAGCCCAAGGGAAGACGGAACGCGGCUCCGGACGACCCUCUCGCACGAGUGCAGCUUCACAAGAUGAACCCGAGCCUGAAUCAUCCAGGUCCAAACCCGAAUCUUCAAAACCCGAAUCCCCCGCCCCCCGAACACAACAACCUCUCGCCGAGGAAGAAGAACAAGAACCUUCCUCCGAAGACGAAGAGCUCCUCGAUCCCUUAGAAAAACACCGCCACCUAGCCCCCAUCCCACGCAACAUCCCCCGCGCAACCAUCACCGCUCGCUGGAAGCCCCUCGAUGGUGCGUCCAUCGCCGCCGUCGAUACAAUCGUCUCUGACGCAGCACGCACAGUCCUGCACCGCCUGCGCGACCGAGAUGUACGGCACGCCCAAGCACAGACGAUACUUAAGGCUUUUGCAACGAGGCUGAGGGGAAAGCUGAGUAAGGGGAUUCCGUUCCCUCCUUCGGCGGUCGGCCCCUCAUAUUCAGCCACAUCUUCUGCGAAAGGGAAGAAAUCGACUGGAAAGGAAGGGAAAGCCGCAAUGGUAGAGUUCGACUUCGAGCAAACAGUCGAAGCGAUCCGACGCGCGGAGAGGGCGCUUGAUCCGGCGCUGCAUAGUGUAGCGCUGUUGGAGAGGGAGUUGUCGAGGGAGGAGGCGGCGCUGGAGAGGGAGUAUAAAGUGUUGAAGACGCUGGAGACGAAUGCCAAGGCUGAGGCGAGGGAGUGGAGGGAGCGGGGAAAGAGGGAGCAUGUUUUGCUUGUUGGAGGGCCUGGGUUCGGGGCUGCCGUUGGGGAGAAGGAUGGGAAGGAAGAGGGGGAGAAGUUGGAGAUUGUUGGUCGGAGGGAAGGGGAGGCGGUGUUCAAGGAUCUCCAAAACGACGACGAGCUAUUCGCCCUCUCUCAACAAGUGGUCAACCACAUGGAGAGUAUCCGCUCCAACCUGGGACAAAUUGACGGCGUGCUGCCGGCCAUCGAACGCAGCAAGGCCGCACUGCAGGCCACGCUGGCCAAGUAUCUGGAUCGGGAGCAAUACGAGCAGGUUGUUUUGGGGACUUCAUGA